AUGGCCUUCAAAAGCAGCACGCUGUUCAAGAAGAGCUCGGGUAACGGACUGUUCAAGCGCUACGGAUGGACGCCCCGCCACUGCCGCCUCACGAGCACGUCGCUCGAGUACUACACCCACCAAGAUGGCAAGCUCAAAGGCGCGAUCGACCUCACCGAGUGCACCGUGCAGUCGUUCGAAGCGCUGCCCACAGACUGCCUCAAAUACAACCGCUCCGCGUCGACGGCGUGGCGCCUGGCGAUCCAAACGCCGACGCACCGGUACUUUGUCGCGGCGUCGUCGGAGCGGGACAUGCACGAGUGGCUCCGCGCGCUCCAAGCCGUCGUCAAACUCAACGAGAUGCGGUGGAUGCAGCCUUACCACGGACAACUACGAGUUGAAGAUUCACCGCAAGUGCUCUUGCGAUGA